AUGAGCCAGAUCCAAAAUAUACAAAAACUCAGCAAUGCUGAACUUGAAGAAGCAACUCCAUUUAAUGCUUCUUGGCACCAGGAUUAUAACGAUACAGCAUGGGUGUUUAUAGGUAGGCUCCCGCCUGAAAUGAACGAGAUGGACAUCUUGAUUAUGUUUUCACAGUAUGGAGUGCCGCAAUCCUUGAAACUUGCGAGAGAUGCGGAAACUGGAGAAUCACGUCGGUUUGCAUUUUUGAAAUAUGAGGAUUUUAAGUCAGCAGUUUUAGCAGUGGACAACUUUAAUGGAUACGAAAUAAUACCUGGGUCCAGAAUACAGGUUGAUCAUGUGCGAUACAAGAAAUACAGAUACACAGAUGCAGACGAUGCAAACAUUGAAUGGGAUAAGGCAUUGAAAGAAGAGAUGGAAAAAGAUAUGGCCACAAAUAAGGAAACAGCUACACAGGCCAUUGAAGAUAAAGAAGAAGGUGAAAAAUCAGCUGAUGAGGAUGUGGACGAGGAUCUCGUGGAUCCAAUGGCAGGGUACUUGGCCGGGAAAAAGACAGAUGAUCGCAAUCAUCAUCAUCAUCAUCAUCACCAUCAUCAUAAGCAUCACCAUCAUCCAGCUGAAGAAGAAGGCAACCAGACGAGCAGAGAUAACUAG